CAGGCUGUUCUCCCGUUCAGUAGGGCAGUGUAUCAUUCACACUGCAAUAAGCGCAGUAGAGUUCUGCUGCAGAACGUCAGCCGUUUAAUACAACCAUUGACUGCAACGACGACAGACCCCUACUCCAGAUCCAGAAGAAUCAGCAUGUCGUCCACCGCAAUGUCCCAGAGAAUGGUGUGGGUGGACCUGGAGAUGACAGGUCUUGACAUCGAGAAGGACCAAAUCAUUGAAAUGGCAUGCAUCAUCACAGACUCUGACCUGAACAUUUUGGCUGAGGGGCCCAACUUGAUAAUUAAGCAGCCAGACGAGCUACUGGAAGGGAUGUCCGAGUGGUGUAAAGAGCAUCAUGGAAAAUCAGGACUGACCCAGGCUGUACGGGACAGUAAAAUCACCCUGGAACAAGCAGAGUACGAAUUCCUGUCCUUCAUCAGACAGCACACUCCGCCUGGACAGUGUCCUCUUGCUGGUAACUCUGUGCAUGCAGACAAGAGGUUCCUGGACAAGUACAUGCCACAGUUCAUGUACCACCUUCACUACAGAAUCAUUGACGUCAGCACCAUCAAGGAGCUCACCAGACGGUGGUUUCCAGAGGAAUUCAAGAUGGUGCCGCACAAGAAAGCAAGUCACAGAGCCUUGGAUGACAUCCAGGAGAGCAUUAAAGAGCUGCAGUUCUACAGAGCCAACGUCUUUAAAGCGUCAGCAGAGGAGAAGAAGCGAAAGAUCGUAGAAAAUGGAGGCUGUAACAAAUGUUAGCACACAAGUGAAACUGAGUUUUCACAGCUGCAUUUCUUGAAGAAAGCAGUUUCAUCGUUCAGUGCCAUUGUCUUCAUUAUUUUGCUUUCCGAUCACAGUUAACGACCGAAAAAUCCAGUGUUUGAAUAUGAUAAAUGUAGAGGCUCCAUUAAAGGGAACAAGAUUUUUACAAGUUCAAAAGAGGAUCAUUUGGAAGUGACCUUUAGUAUUUAUAUGUUGAAUUUAGUUUGAUGGAGACAGUCUGAGAUUGAUUUUCAUUUUUUUUUGUUAAAAUAAAAACAGAAAAAUUCAGUGGUCCCUGACAGACCAAAUUUGUCAGCUUGUGUCGACAAUUUCAUUGUGCAGUGCAUUCAUGCCUGAAAUGUGAUUUAAUUGCACACAUACUUUGUAUGCAUGCUAAAUUUUAUGUUUUGAAUGUGGUGUUGAUGGACACUACUGUCCUGCAAUGCAAUAAAAAGUUGGUGCAGCUCA